UACCACUUCAAAAAAAAAAACUGUUUUACUUCUCUAUUAUUAUUAUUAUCAGUUUGCCAAUUGGAUUCUUGUCCUUCAUGUGGAGAGAGCAAAAAGAUAUACCUCUUGCAGUCUGCACAUCUACAGAGGUAGGCCAUCCAGAGAAAAAGCAAAUCCCAAACGCCAUAAAACCAGAGCCAACACCCAAAAACACUCUUUCUUCAGCAAAUCAAGGCACCCCAGACCUUCAAGGUUCAUGGUUUUUCCAGUUUAGCCAAAACCCUUUUCUUAAAUCCUUCUAACAACUUUCAAAACUGUCAUGAUUUGAUCUAUCAACGCCUACACUCAAAUGGGUUUUCCCUCAAAACCCUUUUCUCUCCUCCUCUCUCUCUCUCUUCUUCUCUUUACCGAUCUAGCUCUAUCUGCCACUGACUAUAACGCUUUGGUGUAUAAGGGCUGUGCAAAACAGGCUUUUCAAGAUCCAACUGGUGUAUACUCACAAGCCCUCUCUGCUCUCUUUGGGUCGCUAGUUUCCCAGUCAACUAAAACCAAGUUCUUUAAAACCACCACUGGGACCGGCCAAACCACAAUCACUGGUCUCUUUCAAUGUAGAGGAGACCUCAGUACUGGUGACUGCUACAAGUGUGUCAGUGGACUGCCUGUGUUGACUGACAAACUCUGCGGCAAAACCAUAGCUGCAAGAGUUCAACUUUAUGGAUGCUAUAUGUUGUAUGAGGUUGCUGGGUUUGCUCAAGUUUCAGGCAUGGAAAUGUUGUUCAAGACUUGUGGAGCUACGAACAUUGCAGGAAGUGGGUUUGAAGAGAGAAGGGAUACUGCGUUUUCAGUUAUGCAAAAUGGUGUUGUUAGUGGACAUGGGUUCUAUACAACUAGCUACCAAUCUGUGUAUGUUUUAGGCCAAUGUGAAGGCGAUGUGGGGGAUUCAGAUUGUGGUGAAUGCGUGAAAAAUGCUGCCCAGAGAGCUCAGGUUGAAUGUGGGAACGCUAUUUCAGGGCAAAUCUAUCUGCACAAAUGUUUUAUUAGUUACAGCUAUUAUCCAAAUGGGGUACCCAGGAGAUCAUCAUCAUCUUCUUCUUCAUCUUCUUCUCCAUCUUCAUCAGGGCAAAAUCCAGGAAAGACAGUAGCUAUUGUAUUAGGAGGUGCGGCUGCAGUGGGAUUCUUGGCUAUAUGUUUGUUGUUUGCAAGAGGAUUGAUGAAGAAACAUGAUGAUUUUUGACAGCAAUAGAUGGACCUUAAAAAGAGGCAAAUAUCCCUUUCUUGAGGUUGGAUUCUUCCUAUAUUUCCAAUUCUUUCAAAAGUAAAACCUGGGUUUAAAUUUAUGGUGGAGCAAUAUAGGUAGGGUUGGUAAAUGUGGGGUCUUUAUUACAUUCUGGUGGGAGAGUUUAUUGGGAAGGCAAGCAUAUUAGGGCAUUAAUUUUCUGUUUUUUUUUUUUUUUCUCUUUUUUCUUUUUUACAAAGGUGAAAAAGAUGUUUGAAUGUUUGCCAUUUGGAUGGAUUAUAGAGAAGGUUGAAAUGAAUUAAUGAAUGGGUUAUGGCCUUUUCCUUUUUUUUUU